GUUAAGGCCUUAAGAGGGACCAAUGGCAGAAAAACACGAAAAGAAACAGUAGCUGAGAACAGAUAAAUAGUCUCAUCGUAUUGGGUAAAACCAAUAAAAGUGACUUCUCAUCCGCAGGGGGGCUAAAACCAACUCCCUUUCGGUGCUUCUUAUUCUUCUGUCGGUGUGCUGAUAUAUCCUUCAUAGUCUUCCUGUGCUAUCAUUCUCAAGUUGCAAAAUACUUGAUACUGGAUAUCAAUCUCCAGCUGAUAUAGCUAGCUCUGAGCUAGCUAGGUCACAAUUUUGCUACCCAGGAGUCUCGCCGCCAUGUCCAUCAUGGAGGAAUCUGGUACUGGUGGUGCUCCUAGUGAUGAUAGCAAGACCUGCCCACGAGGACACUGGAGACCCGCUGAAGAUGAAAAACUCCGACAGCUUGUCGAGCAAUACGGUCCUCAGAACUGGAACUCAAUUGCAGAGAAGCUCCAAGGAAGAUCGGGAAAGAGCUGUAGAUUGCGAUGGUUUAACCAACUUGACCCUAGAAUUAACAGAAGGCCGUUUACAGAAGAAGAAGAAGAGAGACUACUUGCAGCUCAUAGGAUUCAUGGAAACAAGUGGGCUUUAAUAGCCAGGCUCUUUCCCGGCAGAACUGAUAAUUCUGUGAAAAAUCACUGGCAUGUUAUCAUGGCUCGAAGGCAAAGAGAAAGGUCUAAGCUCUAUGGCAAGAGAAGCAGCUGCCACAAUUUUCUCUUUCGCAACUCAGCCAAUCAUGAAUUCCUCGGAAAUACUAGUUGUUCAAGACGCCAACUUAGCUUUGAUAAAUCCAAAGAAAUCCAGUUCAACUGUAACUCCAGCAGCGAACAGUUACUUGAAUUCCCAAACAAUCACAACAAAGAUGGUGUCUUUACAGUAUCGCCGCCUUCGGAUAUUUCAUCAUCGCCUUCUUGGACAACGUUUGCUGGAUUAAAGACUAGUACUACUGCUAAGUCAUCUACCUUGGAUUUUUUAGAUGGGGGAGGAACCGGCGAUUACUUCAGUUCGGGUUCCAGGGUUUGUAGCUUUUUGCAGAGUUCACCUACUCCAGACCAGUCUCAACAUCGCUACUAUUCCAACUCUUCCAUGUUCAGUGGAUACAGGAACUUCAUUGCACCAGGUCUCCCUAACUACAAAAGAAUCAUUCCAAACCCCUUUGGUUACUCUAAUAUUCAUGGGGAUGGUUAUGGAAGCAACGUAACAGUCAGGAGAGACUUUGUAAGAUUUGGAGAUAGCUCAGCCACAUUCCCAAAGUUUAGAAUGAUCAAUUCACAGCAAGAACAGGAAAAUGAGUCCAUCAAAGAAAAGGAUGUUCCCUUCAUAGAUUUUCUUGGUGUAGGUGUUUCUUCAUGAAACCCUUAAUCCUUUUUAAUUUAAUUUCCCUCUUCGUUUAGGUAUACUUCUAGUUCUAGCUAGCUACAGUUUUGGAUCUUUCCAUACAUGUGUAUACAUUUAGUCAUCACAUUAAUGGUAGGGUAGGAGUGGAAUAUCAUUCCAUUUCCUUGUAGUGUAGAUGGCUCAAUGUUUAAACUAUCAAACUCUUAGUAUACAAUUUCAUGUUGUGGAGAUGCUCAAUGUACUAACUAUAUAUUGCACCCUUAAUAUAAGAAGCUGCAUUUGAUGGAA